AUGUUACCUACAGAAGAAGUUGGAGGCGAACGCGGCACAGGCGAAGACGAAGACAUCGGCGACGUUGUAGAUCAAACGAACGCAGGCAAAAUCAGACCUAGAGGAGAAAAUGGCGGAAGAGAAUUGGAGUCUAUAAGGGAGCCAGAGAGCUUCAAUGCCGGUGACGAUGGCGAGACGAUGUUUUUGGUAGAGGGGAUGAUGGGAGGGGAUUACCGGAGAGGAUGGUGGAGGGUUGCAAUCGGAGUUUCAGUGGGAAGCGACAUUUGUGAAGAAAAAAGAGUAAAGGGAAGGAGAUGA